AUGGUGCAUGAAAGAGAGGACAACUCGGGAAAAUCAAACAAAUCAGACAAAUCGGGCAAAUCAGACAAAUCAGACAAAUCAGACAAAUCAGGCAAAUCAAACAAAUCAGACAAAUCAAACAAAUCAGACAAAUCGGGCAAAUCAAACAAAUCAGACAAAUCAGACAAAUCAAACAAAUCAGACAAAUCAAACAAAUCAAACAAAUCAGAUAGAACGCAAAUGUCGGAAAAUACAAACGAUGGAGAAGAUGGUGUAUCAAGGAACAACGUUUUUCCAAAUGACAGCGAAAAAAUGAAAUUCGAAAAAUUUACAGAAAAUUUUCAAAAUAAGAAUUUUAGCUCAGAAGGCAGUUUACAUUUCAUGGGAGAUGUCGAAUUUCCAGGUUUAGAGAAAGCAAGUAAUUCAUCUUCAAUGGAAGUGGCACUGGGUUCAGGAGCUUCAGAAACGACGUCUUUGUCUUUUAAAGAUGCAAAAGAAAAUUUAGAUGAAAGAAGAUGUAAUGAUUCUAAUUCAUCUUUUAGUAUGGUACCCUCCUUGUACAAAAAAAAUAACACUCUGAGUUUGGAUCUGCCAGAACAAGAAGCAUGUAAAGAGAAAAAAAAAAAAAUGAAAAUCGACAAUGAGGGCUAUGGUACACCAGAUGAGGAAAAAAAAAAAGACAUACAUGUUGAAAAAGCAGGAGACAACAAAAAAGCUGAGGAACACAUGGAUAGUUUGCUUGGAGAACGAAAAGGUGAUGAAAAUACAAUAGACGUGUUGGAGGCAGAAGUGGUGAAGACUCGAAUCGACAAAUUUUCCACUACAUCUGAGGAUGUAACACAUGAGAAUAUAACGCAUGAGGAUAUAACACAUGAAGACAUUGCAUUUAAGUUAGAUGUAUACUCACAGAGUACUGAAUCUCCCAAUCGGAUGAGUUCAAGUCUAAAGGAAAGAAGUAAUCCUAUGCAAAGGGAACAUAUCCAAAACAGUAAGACAGAGAAUGAAAUUCACUCGUCUUCUGUCAACCAAGAAAUUGAUGAAAAAACGAUAGAUAUUCAUAGCAAAGGAAGGGUUCCAAAGAAGAUAGAAAAUAUAAAUGAAUAUUUAAUCAAAAGAAGGAAUAGCCAAAAAAUAACAAUUUUUGUAGGUGAGAAGAUGCAGAAGACUAAGGCAGAUUUUAAGUAUGGGGAAGAUCCACAUAAGAAUGAUCACAAUCCAACCAUCCAUGAAUGUGCAAAUUUGGAGGAUAGCACAGAAUUGGAAGGAAACGAAUCGUACAGAAGAGUUAUCGAAAAGAAACAGAAAAAAACUGUUUUUACAUCUCAACUGUGUGAGAGAAGCAAUGCAGAUGCUAGGGCAUGUGAAAAGUUGAUAAAGAAAAUUCCUGAAAAAACAAUUUUCGAAGCACAGUUAUGUGAGAGAAGCAAUGCAGAUGCAAGGGCAGGUGAAAAGUUGAUAAAGAAAAUUCCUGAAAAAACUAUUUUCGAAGCACAGUUAUGCGAGAAAAGCAAUGCAGAUGCAAAGGCAGGUGAAAAGUUGAUAAAGAAAAUUCCUGAAAAAACAAUUUUCGAAGCACAGUUAUGCGAGAAAAGCAACGCAGAUGCAAGGGCAUGUGAAAAGUUGAUAAAGAAAAUUCCUGAAAAAACUAUUUUCGAAGCACAGUUAUGCGAGAAAAGCAACGCAGAUGCAAGGGCAGGUGAAAAAAUGACAGAAAAGACAAAUGGGGCUGUCGUUUUUGAAUCACAAGGAAACUUUUCUACCAAGGUCCACGCAAGGGCAUGUGAAAAAAUGGAAGAUAAAACAAUUGGAAAAGGUGUAGUGUAUGAAGGUCAAAACUGCACAGAAAUAAUUGCAGAUUUUAGAGCCUCAGACAAGAUAAAGGAAGUAAUGAAGAGGAACAUGUCGGAUGAUUGCCACCUGUUAUAG